AUGCCCCUGCCCCCGAUGACCACGCCUUUCGUGGCCCCCCCGCGCAGCAGCGACAAGAUGGCGGCGGGCGGCAGCGGGCGCGCGUCUUGCCCGCCGGGGGUCGGGCCGGGCGCGGGCGGCCUGGGGCCAAGCGCCAACGCGGCCGCGGCCCCCAGCAACGCCGCCGCCUGCGCCCCAGGGCCUCCGCUGCCCCCCUCCCCGCCGCCUGGGCCGGCUGACGCGCAGGCCGUGGGCGACGAGCGCGACGACGCGGGCCCGGGCGCGCUGCUGCGCGAGCCCGUGUACAACUGGCAGGCCACCAAGCCCACGGUGCAGGAGCGCUUCGCCUUCCUCUUCAACAACGAGGUGCUGUGCGACGUGCACUUCCUGGUGGGCAAGGGGCUCAGCUCGCAGCGCGUCCCCGCGCACAGGUUUGUGCUGGCUGUAGGCAGUGCUGUGUUUGACGCCAUGUUCAAUGGCGGGAUGGCUACUACUUCCACUGAGAUCGAGCUGCCCGACGUGGAGCCUGCUGCCUUCCUGGCGCUGCUCAAGUUCCUGUACUCAGACGAAGUGCAGAUCGGGCCCGAGACAGUGAUGACCACACUGUACACUGCCAAGAAGUACGCGGUGCCCGCACUCGAGGCUCACUGUGUGGAGUUCCUGAAGAAGCACCUGCGGGCUGACAACGCCUUCAUGUUGCUCACACAGGCGCGACUCUUUGAUGAGCCACAGCUGGCCAGCCUGUGCCUGGAGAGCAUAGACAAGAACACGGCUGACGCCAUUGCUGCCGAGGGCUUCACCGACAUUGACCUGGACACACUGGUGGCAGUGCUGGAACGAGAUACCCUGGGCAUUCGUGAGGUUCGGCUCUUCAAUGCGGUCGUGCGCUGGUCCGAGGCUGAGUGUCAACGGCAGCAACUCCAGGUGACACCAGAGAACAAGAGGAAGGUGCUGGGCAAGGCCCUGGGUCUCAUCAGAUUCCCCCUGAUGACCAUUGAGGAGUUCGCUGCAGGCCCAGCACAGUCUGGCAUCCUGGUGGACCGGGAGGUGGUCAGCCUCUUCCUACAUUUUACUGUCAACCCCAAGCCUCGUGUUGAGUUCAUCGACCGGCCCCGGUGCUGCCUGCGGGGCAAGGAGUGUAGCAUUAACCGGUUCCAGCAAGUGGAGAGCCGCUGGGGCUACAGCGGCACCAGUGACCGCAUCAGGUUCUCAGUCAACAAGCGCAUCUUCGUGGUGGGCUUUGGGCUCUAUGGAUCCAUCCACGGGCCGACUGACUACCAGGUGAACAUCCAGAUCAUCCACACAGACAGCAACACAGUCCUUGGCCAGAACGACACGGGUUUCAGCUGCGACGGGUCUGCCAGCACCUUCCGUGUUAUGUUCAAGGAGCCCGUGGAGGUCCUGCCCAAUGUGAACUACACCGCCUGUGCCACGCUGAAGGGCCCGGACUCUCACUAUGGCACCAAAGGUCUUCGCAAGGUGACCCACGAGUCCCCCACCACGGGGGCUAAGACCUGCUUCACCUUCUGUUAUGCGGCUGGGAACAACAACGGCACGUCUGUGGAGGAUGGGCAGAUCCCCGAAGUCAUCUUCUACACCUAGGUCAUCAAUCCAGGUCACCCCGGCCAGCCUCAGGCCUGCCACCCUCCCACCACUUCCCACACCAUCACGGAAGGGGCUGCUUGUGGCCACAGUGACAAGUGGGACCGCCUGGCCCAAAGCACUGGGGAGGCGCUUAGGCCAUGGACUGGGCCCGGUCGGUCGAGACAAUCCCUCAGUCAUGGGGGGCAGAGUGGGCCUGACUUGGAUGGACAGCUGUCAGGCCCGAGCGAGCGUUGUGGGUCGCAGUCCCUGAAGCUCAGGGGCAGCAGGCCAGCUCCGAGCCCCGGUGCUGCCCCUCCCGCUCGCUCUCCUCCGUUCUCUGCAACUGCACACUGCACACUGCAAUGCAUUCGAGCCCAUGCUCAGCUGGAGCCUGCGCAUGUGCGCGGGCCUCUCCUCCAGCCAGCAGUCUGGGUUCAUGUUCCUUUCCGUCUCCGCUGCUCCCUGGGGGGGGUCCCAGGUCCUGCUGCCCCCCUGAAACCCUGGCCUCCCGGGCAUAUACACAGAGUCUCUAGGAGCUCUGCCCCAGGGUGGUGACAUGUGCGCCAUGGUUCCUACUUCUCAUAGCAGCGCCAGUGCCAGGCCGGCACUGCCCACCUAAGGUGGACGGGCGCCUUACUGUUGUGCCCGCAGAGCUCAGCCUUGACCCGCAGGGUCUGAGCAGGUCAGGCCCAUCAAGAUGCACUGGGCACCCAGGUGGCCUGAUGUGGCACCCAGGGGUACACAGAACACCCCUGUACAUAUCACGGCCCUGGCCCUCUAGGCUACUACAUACCCCGUCCAGUGCUGUCCCAGAAGGCGCAGUCUCCAGUUUGGGGUUCCACUUCCUCAUGUGUCCAUACCAGUGACCUCCUGCCCAGGACCCAUGCCCAUCCCAAAGCCAUGGGAGCUGUGCCCUCCACUGUGUCCCCAAAUGAUUUUUUUUUUUUAAAUAAAGGAAAACAUCUGUCUUGAA